AGUAUGGCUCACAUUUGACACGAGUGAGUGGGAAGUAUCAAUCACUGCUGAUUCUGUUGACUAGCAUUCAAAGCACGACAAAACUCAUAUGACGUGGUAUCAUCCAAAGUAAUUCUUAUGACAUACCCUUUUCACCGUCUUACGCUAACCAUUCAUCAAGCCGUAUGUUCUUGUUACUAUGGCAUCCAUCAGGUUGACUUCCUCUGGCCUAGUUGCGUCACCUACAUGUUAUGCAAUAACAUCGUUGCACUCCUUAUGACUAUUUCCGUUCAAACAAUACUGCAGCUUAGAGCGAGUCCAGCGGUUUCACACGAAAAGUCGACAACUAACAUCUUUCAAGGUGUGGGCAAUUUAUAACCGAAGUCGCAAGGUACUUUCUUGGAUGAUUGUCCUGAAUAUAGUUGAGGUCGCAGCGAUGGCGCUCCUCAUUGGCUUGACAAUCGCCCGCGUGGAAAGGUUUCCGGUAGUUUCCACACCAGCGGGCUGUCUCUUUGAGGGUCUUGCCCCCCUCUCUGCGAUCUUUUGGACGCCAGCGUUGAUUCUUGAACCUAUCAUUUGUAUACUCGUCCUCAAAAAAGUUUUCCUUGACCGACACCAACGCAGUGAACUUGCAACAUUUCUGGCCCGCGAUAGCUUAUUAUACUUUCUCGUAAUAUUCAUGGAACUCGUUGGGUCGACUAUUGUCUGGGCUCGGUAUCCCUCCUAUAUCGACCUCUUCAUGCCUUGGUCUAUCGCUUUGCCGUCCUUGCUCUGCAACCGUCUUCUGCUCAACAUGAGAGGUCGCUUUGCUAGGGAGCCUGAGCCUGUGCACUCCUCAUUGUUGAUUGAACUCGCGACCCUCCGAACCAGCGGGGAUUCAUCGAGAGUGCCAGACGAAGAGUAAAAGAUGGUGCUGUAAUUUUAUACCCCAGCAUGGAUUCAACUUGUAUGAUAUCUUUGUUUACGGUCCCUGUUAGUGUAACGUACGUUGUGGCUUAGCACGAGCGCUAUGUGUUGUUGUGAGUUUAUUC